AUGGAGAACUUCCGAAAGGUCAAGACGUCGGAGGAGGACAGCCCCCUGCCUUUCGUGGGCUUGCCCUCCGACGUGGUGGAGAUGAAGGUGAAGGAGGGCAGCAAAAUCCGGAACUUGAUGGGCUUCGCUGUGAGCAGGAUGGAGCUGGAGGCGACCAGGCAGAUCGUCUUCAGUGGCUGCGGCCGGGCGGUCACCAAGACCAUCACCUGCGUGGAGAUCCUGAAGAGGAAGCUCGGGGGGCUCCACCAGGUCACCAAGGUCCAGUACAAGGCCGUGCUGGAGGUCUGGGAGAACCAGGAGGAGGGCAGCACGGAGCGCCUCACCGCCCACAAGAACGUCCCUUCCGUCUGCAUCCUGCUUUCCAAGGACCCGCUGGACCCGCAUCAGAUGGGCUACCAGCCCCCGGAGCCCCCAGGGGUCCUCUGGAGGGCGGAGGAGGGGCCCAGCCAGGAGGACCGGUCCAGCGCCUCCCCGAAGCCUGUGAAGAGGAGGCUGGCCGUUCCCCACAUGGAGGAGCAGCCGAAGAAGCCGGCCCAGGAACACGCGGUCGAGCCGAGCAUGGGGGGCAUGGGGAGGUUCGGACCCUGA